UUUUGUUUAAAACAGUGCCUGAACAGUGAACAGUGCGUGCUAAAGGAAAGUAGGUGCUGUCAUGUUAGGGGUCUCAUAUACAGGAUUACAUUAUGAAAGCAUGCCAUGUGGAGAGAUCAGGUGUUGUAGUCCAACUACCUAAAAAUAUCAUGUUAAACACUGAGCCUGAGAGAGCAGUUACCAUUCCAGGUCUGUAUUUCAGUCUUCAUUGCUUCCUCCUGAGGGAGGUCCCUGUUGAUACACACACAUGUACACCCACCGGACACAAACUCACACACACACACACAUAUUGACGUCCACUGAGGAGAGUGGAGGUCUGCGAUCCAAAUUUAAAAGAGCACAGGAAAACAAUGUCCUCUUGCAUGGUGAAGUCCAGAAGUAGAAACCCAUAUGCAGCCGUUCAGGUGGACCCAGACAGCGCUUACAUCACUCCAGGAACAUUAGACCUGGAGCAGCUGUUCUGGACCGGCACCACAGCUCAUUACACACACUUCAACGAGGUCUGGCCAGAUGUCUACAUUGGGGAUGAGAAAACUGCUCUGGAGCGGCCUGGUCUGAAGGACCUGGGGAUUACACAUAUCCUGAAUGCAGCAGAGGGAAAGUGGAAUAAUGUGCUGACUGGUGCUCAGUACUACAGAGACAUGGACAUCCAGUAUUAUGGUGUAGAGGCUGAUGACAAACCCACUUUCAACAUGUCCCAGUACUUCAGGCCUGCAGCAAAUUUCAUCCACGAGGCCCUCGCUCACCCACAGAACAAGGUCCUGGUGCACUGUGUGAUGGGCCGGAGCAGGUCAGCGACACUGGUCCUGGCAUACCUGAUGAUGAAACACAAUUUAACUGUAGUGGACGCAAUUGAGCAUGUGCGACAGCGCCGCUGUAUCCUGCCCAAUCACGGCUUCUUAAAACAGCUCAGAGCCCUGGACAUUUCACUGCAGGAGGAAAGGCUGAGACAAAAGAAAGAAACACAGGACCAACAGUAAAUAAUAAGAAAUGAACUUAAAAAUGUAUUCUGACUUAAUGUCAUGUUUUCAAGGAUAUUCUUUGGACAUUUGUUGUCUUUUCACUUGUCCUGUCAUUUUCCACCUGACCAUCUAAUGCCAUGUUUCAAACAUAAAAUAGCACCUCGCUCACAUGAUGAGCCAGUGUUGUGUGUAUACAAAACAGGCAACAUAGCAAAGAACCAAUGUGAAAUUGUGUUUUUAGGCACUUUGUUACAAAAACACACGUUUUAGUUGAAUCUGCUGCAGAUCUUUAAAAAACAUGAAGAAAUCAUGAACAAACUGCUUCAUUUUUUAGCAUUGCAUUGAUCCCACACACACUGCCAGUGCCGUAAAAGCAUACCUGGAUUAAAAUAAAUAAAUAAAUGAGUAAUGGAUUGGCCUUUAAAUGUCCUUCAGAAGGCUGGAGAACGAUUCCUGCAGACUAACACCAGACGGACUGAAUUUUGUCGCCAUCUGCAUGACGUUAGGGAGUACUGCAAAUGUAUUACAAGAUCUCAGGGAGUGGCUCAAAACCUUUUGACCACAAAACCAAAGUGUUGGUUAUAGUAACUGAAGGGAAAAAACUCUGCUUUAGGUAUUAUCCAAACACUUCUACGUAAACAAAGGAAACCAUAACGAGCCAUGAGAGCGAAACCUCUGAAAUAUGAGCUGCACUUCACAUCGAGUUAGUAAUAAAAAAAUACCAGACACAGAAAAACAUCUAUGAUAAAAUCCGUUUUAUUUUUCAAUUUCAAAGUUUACCACAAUGAUGGGCAAACUGUUCCUACUGUCAACAAUUCUCAAACAGGUUAUAAGGCUUUUUUGGUGUAUAUGAACAUAUGAAGGAAGCCACGAAAUUUAGGGACACUGACACAUGAUUCAGUCCAACCAGAUAGAUUUGACAACACCUCUUACAGUAUUUAAUCCUACACAUAUUUCCUACCUUUUACAUAAACUUUGAAUAAAGUUAUAUUCAAGUAUUCCACGUUUAUCUCACCAGUGUAUGAAUCACAGCACAGACAUUAAUACAGACGGUUUAUAACACUUGGCCCCGUAUAGGGAUUUUCACCCAAUUUCUUAUGAAUCUUUAUUUAUUACUCAAGAAAACUGAUUUGAUAAAAAAUGAACAAAAUAGUUAAUUUUUUUUUAAAAUAAUUUAACAGAAUUGCCCCGAGAGUUUGCCAUGAUAUUGCAGAAGAACGUUAAUUUAUUUGAAAAAAAUCAACUGAGAGAAAAGGUCUGCUUUAAUGCCCACUGUAUUCCUAUGGCAGACAACCCCCAAAUAUAAUGAUCCAUUCCCAGCAAUGCAUUAUAUAUAGAAGGGAGGUCAUGUCAAUAUCAAUACUCUCAUGAGCUUUCAAGUUUCCCUGCACAGACAAAUGCAGGCUCAUAUAACAUCCCCAGGCCUCUGCCCAUCAAGUCUGCAAACUGCUAGAAAGAAAGAAAGGCACUCAUUACUUGAUGCCGGUAAAGUCUGAAUAUCACUGACAGUCAACAUUUUGCAGCUUUCACACUUAAUAGGCAGAGGCUUUGAUACAUUAAAAAAAUGUACACUUAAAAUGCCAUUUGAUUCACAACUGGCCAGCUAAAUCGUAACUUAUUCAAAUAAAUCAAUGCAGCGCAUUUCUGAGCAGCAUUCAAAACCUCCUGAUCAGUGUUUUAUUAUUUAUUCCUGUGUAUGUGUAAAUGCAUCCUCCUGUUGCUAUAGCCGUUUGUGCUUGGACUCUUGUCUCCAAGGGGACGAAAUAACACACAAAAAAAACAUAAAACAGACUCACAGGAUAUUGACAUGGUUUUUCCACGAGUCUGAUUGGUGUCAGUGCAUCCACAUGCAAGAAGUGUCAGAGCUGAAGUACAGUUCAAAACUGUAGAAAUCAAAUGUCCGUGAAAGGAGUAUUUUACAUUUAGAGCCCUUUUUGUAAAGGACAAUUACCACAUUUCCUGGUGUUACCAUGAU